AUGGUUGAUGGUGAUGAGGAUCCUCUUUGCCCAACGUACUCUUUUCCAAAAGCCUUGCAUUUAGAAGGUUGCAGACCUUGGAGACAGGCAGUGAUUGUUAAACUUCUGGGGAAGAAAGUUGGAGUUAGAUUCUUACUCAAUCGUUUACUGAGAAUGUGGAAUAUCUCAAGCACAUAUGAGUUCAUUGGUCUGGAGAAUGACUACUUUUUGUUCCGAUUUUCAAAUAAGAAUGAUUACUCUCAUGUUUUGGAGGAUGGUCCUUGGAUCAUAGCUGAUCAUUAUGUGGUAGUUCAACGGUGGCGUCCAUUUUUUAAUCCUUAUGAUGAUGAGAUCAGAAAGCUGGCAGUUUGGAUUCGUAUUCCAGGACUUCCUAUUGAAUUCUAUACCUCUCAUCAUUUGUGGAAUAUAGGUAGUAUUUUUGGUCGCACAUUAAAGAUUGAUAGGAACUCUAUCAGGAGUUGUGAUUCUGGUGAAGGUGAUAUUACAGAGAGAGCAAAGUUUGCUAGAAUUUGUGUCGACGUUGAUAUUAGGAAAGGCUUUUUGCCCAAAUUCCGUAUUGUUGAUCGUAUCUUCCACGUUGGAUAUGAGGGUCUCCACUUAGUUUGUUUUGCUUGUGGAAAGUAUGGGCAUAGAAGGGAUCAGUGUUCCCAUAGUAAUCUUCAACAAGAUAUUACGGCUUAUUCUUCUGAAGUUUCUGACUCGGUGGUGCAUAAGCAGCCGGAAAAAGAUUCUAUUUCGGCGAAGGAGGAACCGUUUGGGAAUUGGAUGCUGGUGCAGCCGUUACGUAAUAAGGCAGUUUCCAAUUCUCAUCCUAAUCACAGACAGGUCAUUCAAUCAGGUUCAAGAUUUCAAGCUAUUGCUGAGUUGGCUCAAAAGGAUAAUAAUAUCUUAAUUAUUUCUGAUUCUCCAGUGAUUGAUUCAAUCAGCAUUGAAUCUGGUCUGACACAAAUUAAUCAUGGGGAAUUAAUUGCUCAUAAUGAAGAACCGUUGGUGAAAAAGGAUAUUCAAAUGGAAACAGUUUCUCCAUCUGCUAACCUAUCAGCGGGCAAGUCGAGAAAAGAGGUCCAAAGUCAAGGAGUAAAAUUCAAAGAGAACCAAAAGAAGAAAGCAACUGCAUCAUCUGCUAAAGUUCAUCAGCUGGUCCAGAAUGCUAAUAUUAGCAAAGGCAGAUUAAAUGCUUCAAAAGGUGCAGAAUCUCAAAAGAAUAAUUUUAAACUUGAUUCUCAGAAGAAUAUGUCGGAGGAUUUCCAAGAUAGACAAAUUGUCUUGCACCCUUCUUUAUCUAAAUUCCAGAGGAAGACGUCUCAUGUGGUUAAUGAUCAGCAAGAGACUCUUCCUUCUUCUAGUGGCUUGGAUAAUGGAGGUAAACAUGGAAGACCACCAGAUGCUCUUACGUUAAUGAGGAAUUUUUAUCAAACUCACAAGGAUUCUAUCCCUUUGGAUAAUUUGGACGUUUUGGGUGCGACUUCGAGGGGCUGGAAAAGGAGUUUUCCGCCUCUGAUUCGGGAUCUUUCUCAUAGAUACAGUAUUAAAGUUAUGGCUUUGUUAGAAACCAGAUUGAGUGGUGUUAUGGCGGAUAGAGCUAUUCGGCGUCUUGGUUUUUCUGGUCACUUUCAUCGUGAUGCUGUUGGUUUUUCUGGCGGUAUUUGGGUGCUUUGGAACACUGAUGAAGUUUCAGUGGAUGUUCUUUUUCUCAUCACCAACUUGUUCAUACUAAAAUUUGUUGGGUAA